CGAGAUACGAAAUACACAACAUACGGAAUACACAAUGAAUCCUUUCUUCAGUUCAACGCCCGCACCGGGAUAUACGCAGCUACACAACCAACCAUCAUCAGAUACCGAACCUCCAUCAACCUGGGAAAACAUCAACCCCCCAAUGUCCCCCUCCACCCAGUUCACGAACACACCAUCUCCAGAACCCCCUUCCAUCGCACAAGAUCAAUCCACAACAACAACAGCAACAAAACAAGAACGCACCGCACAACACCCACCCCGCUACAACGAUAUCAGCGGCGCCGUGAUAGUCGACUGGGACGGUUCCCCGCGCUUCCUCUCACCACAGGAAGAGCAAGAACGACAAACUGCGCUGGAGAAUGCCGUGCGCGAGAAGAUGCUGGGGUUACCGAGGAAGACGGAGUUUGCGUGGGCCAGGCCAGAUGUUUCGAUUGGGGAUGGGUUGCCGGCGUAUGAGCCUGCGGAGAAGGAGAUGGGGAAGGGGGAGGGAGAUGGGGUUGUUUGAUUUGGAUUGAAUUGGUGAUAAAGGACGGGUUUGGUGGAGUGUUUUUGGUGUUUAUGCGGGAUUUGAGGGGUAUGGUGUUUGUUUCUUUGGGUUGGAUGUAAGGCGUAUAAUUGGUUACAUGGAUUGGCGACAUUGGGAUAUUGUUUUUGAGUCUGCUAGAAUGACAGGCUAUUUCUAGAGUGUGUGGUAUUGUACCUAUGGAAUUCGGAUUGAGAUCACAUAUUAGGUGUGUACAAAUGAUCUCCUAUAGCAAAUCAAUUGGAAAUUGAAGCGCAAGCCACAUCCUGUUUCCUCAGGAUAAGAGCAACA